AUGCUCGAUGCAUGUUUGUCUUACAAGGCGCGGCUUUUGAUUAAUCUUCAGACCCCUAUCAUCUUCCGUGGCCAUUCCAAUGCCUGUUCCCAUACUGGGUCUUCGCUCUUAAUCUCAGCCAACAACUCACAGCCCGAACUACUUCAUCAAAAGAGUAUAAUGGUCAUGGCGAAAGAACCUGCCCAGCCGUCCACAAUGGCAUCAAGCCAGCCUCAAGCUACAACAGAUACUUCUAGCCGAAGUUUCCUUCAGAUUUCUAUUGUCAUGUCAUGUCUUUGCGCCGGAACAUUUGUGGCCGCGUUAGAUGCCACUAUCGUCACUACCUCUCUGCCUUCUAUUGCUGGCCAUUUCCAUUCAGCUUCAGGGUACACUUGGAUCGGAAGUGCCUACAUACUGGCCAACACAGCUUCCGUUCCCUCGUGGGGGAAGCUGUCCGAUAUUUGGGGAAGAAAGCCGCUUCUGCUUUGUGGAAAUGCAAUCUUCUUUGCGGGAAGUUUGAUCUGCUCUGUAGCCAAUACGAUGGCAUUGUUUCUGUUUGGUCGUGUUAUGCAAGGCCUGGGUGCAGCAGCGCUGAUGACGUUGGUCAAUAUCUGUGUCUGUGACUUGUUCUCCCUCAGGGAUCGAGGCCUAUAUUUUGGUCUUCUAUCCGUAGACUGGGCUUUGGCUAGCGGAAUUGGUCCCAUAUUAGGCGGCGUGCUAACGGAGAAAGCGACCUGGCGGUGGUGCUUCUGGAUCAACUUACCAAUCACCGGUCUCGCAUUCCUAUUGCUAUGGUUAGCCCUCGAGCUCGACAACCCACACACACCAAUCUGGGACGGUCUCAAGGCCGUCGACUGGAUCGGCUCAUUAUUCGUAAUCGGCAGCAGCAUCAUGCUUCUCCUCGCCCUAGACUUCGGCGGUGUCACGCACCCCUGGGACUCAGCAACAGUCAUCUGCCUCAUCGUGUUCAGCAUAGUAGUCCUGAGCCUAUUCGUCCUAAACGAAUGGAAACUCGCCAAAUACCCAGUAAUACCACUAAUCCUCUUCCAGCACCGAUCCGGUAUCGCCGCAUUCGUCGUCUGCUUCUGUCACGGAUUCAUCUUCAUGGGCGAGGCAUACUACCUACCACUAUACUUCCAAGCCGUCCUCGGCGCCACCCCAAUCAUGUCCGGGGUCUAUCUCCUAGCCUUCGUCAUUGCCUGCACAUUCUCAGGAGCUUUCACGGGCCUUUUCAUCCAGAAAACGGGCCAAUAUAUCCCCCCGAUGUGGCUCGGCCUUGGCCUCUUAACCCUCGGAGCGGGACUCCUCAUCAACCUCGAAGCAACAGCUAACUGGGGCAAGAUCAUCGGAUUCCAGAUUAUCUCGGGUCUAGGGAUAGGCAUGAACUUCGAAGGCCCACUGCUCGCUCUGCAGGCGAUUGUCGGCGUCAAGAAUACCGCAACAGCCACCGCUACAAUAGGGUUCGUGCGCACUAUGUCGACAGCGAUCUCGGUGGUUAUCGGGGGAGUCGUGUUCCAGAACCAGAUGGUGAAGGAAGGUCCUAACCUCGUGCAAUCUCUGGGUAGUGAGCUCGCGAGUCGGUUUGGUGGCGCGAAUGUCACGGCUAAUAUACAGCUGAUCGGGACGCUUCCGGCGGAUCAGAGGGAGGUGGUCCGGCAGGCGGUGUUUGGUUCGUUGCGGACUACGUGGAUUAUGUAUGUCGCUUUUGCGGGGGUGAGUCUUGUUGCUGGGUUCUUUGUUGGUGCUCAUCAUCUUUCGGAGGAGCAUGAGGUGGCUGUUUUGGGACUGCAUGGUCAGAGUGGUGACUCGUCGGAGGAUACAUCUGAUGAUGCCCCAGCUACUCGGACUAUGGAGAUGCAGAAGGAGAUAGGUGCUGGUUAUUAA